GUGAAAAUGGAAAGUAAAGAUUCAAAACUAAUAAAGAAAACGGGCAGGAAAACCCCUAAGUACUGUUGUAUUUGUAAAGGAAUUUACAGAGGAAAGGUUAUUGAUGGGAGAAAAGUGUCAUUGCACCGUUUUCCUCAGAACAAACGUUUAAAACGUGUGUGGGUGCAGCGAUGUAAAACGGUCAUGAGAUCGUUCCAGUGGAAUGAACACAGACGAUUGUGUAGUGAGCAUUUUGUUGGCUUCAGAGGACCUUCAUUCCAGCAUACACUUCCAUCUAUGUUUCCAACUGAGACUGGUGCUACCAAAACCUUCCAGCCAACGCUCCUUGAUGAAGACGUAGGUGAUGAUGAUGAUGGUGAUACGGUCAAUGACGAUUUAGACCUAGAACUGUCAAAUGAUGAUAGUAUACAGCCACAACUGUCAUUUGUAUCCCCUUCCGGGCAUGCCAUUGAUACCUCUGUCCACCUGCAUGAUUACUGCAUGGGACCAGUACUACAGCCACAGAAUCAGUCCUUUAGAUGUUGUGACACACAGACUGAGAACAACUGUGCAGUGAUGGAAGUACAAACUGAAGAAAGUUUCCUGGGAAAAACAGCAGACUUCAGUUCACAAACAGAACAUUCUACUAGAGACUUUGGUGUACAAUGUCAGCUACCUAUGCUCACAUAUGAUGACGUAAAAUACAAUGACGAUUUGGUCAGUUUUUACACCGGAAUCCCUAAUCGAGUUGUGUUUGAAGCUUUGUUUGAUGAAAUCAAGGAUGAAGCUGAAGUGCGGACAUCAAGGCGGAAACUUAACUAUAAAGAUUCAGAUGGAGGACGGCCAAGAACUCUAAGUGUUCUGGAUGAAUUUUUCAUGGUGCUGAUGCGCCUACGUCUAGGUCUGUUAUUUGAAGAUCUAGGUACUAGGUUUUGCAUAUCCACUUCACAAUGUAGUGACAUUGUUGAAAGAUGGAUCAACUAUUUACAUGUACAAUUAUCCUUUCUUGUUCAAUGGCCAUCUCGUGAGGUAGUGAAAAAUAACAUGCCUGAACAAUUUAAAGAGAAAUAUUCUAACACUAGAAUUAUUAUCGACUGCACUGAAAUUUACAGUGAAACAUCCAGUUCUCUUUCUUUGAAAAGUUUAAUGUACAGUGAUUACAAGUCUCACAUGACUCAUAAGAUUUUGGUGGGUAUAAGCCCAAAUGGUGUUGUAACUUUUGUUUCUGACUGUUGGGUGGGCUGUACCAGUGACAAGAAACUCACAGAAAAAUGUGGACUCUUGGACUUGCUUGAAGAAGGAGACGCCAUAAUGGUUGAUAAGGGUUUCACUAUUACAGACCUUACUACUCCAAGAGGCAUUCAUCUCAUUAUUCCACCAUUUAAACAGAAAGGAAAACAAUUCUCUAAACGUGAGGUUCUCCUUACAAAAGAUAUUGCAAGUUUACGAAUACAUGUUGAAAGGCAAAUGGAGAGAAUCAAGAACUUUCGAAUAUUGCAUGGCAAUAUUCCUAUAACACAGUCAAGGAGAAUUUCUAAAGUGUUCAAAAUAUGCACAUAUUUGACAAAUCUAUGGCCACCACUUGUUCAAUAAUAACUCAUGUGUCAAUGAAAGCGUUUGUAUAUAUCAAGCAUUAGAUUUAGGGAUAAAAACUUGUAUACUUCUAACUAGAACAAUGAAAUUACAAUUUUGUUUUAAAAUCAUUUUUUCGAGCAAGUUAUAUGAUAACAUAUGAGAUUACACAUUUGAUUCAGGUUUGACAAAAAUGGAUAAGGAAAUAUGCUCAUGUGAAUGGAUUUCAAGAUUUGAUUUGAAACAUGUAUGCAUUAACUGAUCAAUUUAUUGAUAUAAUUUUUUGUUUGUGAAACAUCUGCUUUGUAUUUUGUGGUUUUAUUAUUUGUAACAUUUCUAAGAAUAAAAG